UCCCUCAACCUCAGGCAGAUCUGGCCACUCCCACCCGCCCAGUCUCCUAAACCCUUCUCCUCUCCCCUCCCAUCUCCGGCCGGCGCCACCCGCCGUCUCGGCCAUGGCCCGGAGGCUUCCGCCCCUGGGCGCCCUCCUCAUCUUCCUCGCCGCUGUCGUCGCUCCACUCUCAUACGCCGUCCGCCCGGUCUCCGACGCGCACAGAUCCGCCGCCGCCGAGCUCUUCGCCGCUUCCACCGACGGAUCCCUCGGCGAUUUGGAGAGCACUUACGAGGCGGUCAGCACGUUCAAGAUACUAGGGGUACAGAAGGAUAAGAAACUUGCUGGUAAGGCCUGCAAGCUCGCUACCGAUACGCUGUCUGCCUCCUCGUCACCAGCGAAGGAUCUGUUCCACGCGGGUCGGAUCGCGGCUGUCCUCGGAUGCAGUGUUGAUGCCGGCGUUUAUGAUGAUGUCGCGUCGAGACUUAAGGCGGUUAUCAAGGACACCAAUUCGCUGCUGGAGUUCUACUAUUCUGUAGGAGGGCUGCUCAGUCUCAAGGAACAAGGCCACAGUGUCGUUUUAUCUGAUGCGGACAGCACAUUUCAUGCAAUUAAGGCACUUAGCCAAAGUGAUGGGAGAUGGCGUUAUGACACCAACAGUGCUGAAUCUAGCACAUUUGCUGCUGGUAUCGCACUAGAAGCAUUGGCAGGAGUUGUUUCACUGUCAGAUGCGGAGGUUGAUCCAUCCAUGAUCGGAGUUGUCAAAAAUGACAUCGCGAAAUUAUUUGGCUCAAUCAAGAGCUAUGAUGAUGGAACCUUCUACUUCGAUGAGAAGCAUGUUGAUGCAUCCGAAUACAAGGGCCCUAUAACAACUUCUGCUUCAGUAGUGCGGGGUGUCACCUCUUUUGCAAAUGUUGUUUCUGGGAAAUUGAAUGUCCCUGGUGAGAAAAUACUGGGCUUGGCAAAGUUCUUUCUUGGUAUAGGGCUCCCAGGCAGUGGAAAGGAUUGUUUUAAUCAAAUUGAGUCCCUGUCACUCCUGGAGAACAAUAGGGUCUUUGUUCCUUUGAUCCUUUCACUUCCUUCCAAUGUACUUUCGCUGACCUCCAAAGACCAGCUUAAGGUGGAAGUCACUACAGUGUUUGGAUCUGCUGCACCUCCGCUCAGAGUGAAUCUUGUGCAAGUAUUGGGCUCUGACUCCAAGGUCGUCACCACUGACAGCAAGGAACUUCAGUUUGAUCUUCAGAACAGUUUGCAUUACUUGGACAUUGCUCCAUUGAAAAUAGAUGUUGGCAAGUACUCGCUAUUUUUUGAGAUUUCGCUUCAGGAUCAAGAACAUGAGACUGUUUACACUACUGGGGGGAGAAAUGCUGAGACUAUCGUUGUCACAGGGCUGAUCAAAGUCGACAAGGCAGAAAUUGGAAUUGCUGAAAAUGAUGCUGGGACUGUGGAGUCCGUCGAAAAGUUAGAUCUACUGAAAGGUACACAAGUUUCUCUCUCUGCGAACCAUCUGCAGAAGUUGCGUUUAUCUUUUCAACUGGCUACACCACUUGGGCGCACAUUCAAACCUCACCAGGUGUUCUUGAAGUUAAAGCAUGAAAGCAAGGUUGAACACCUAUUUGUGGUGCCAGGUUCUGCGAGGCAAUUCAAAAUUGUUCUAGAUUUUCUUGGUUUGGUGGAGAAAUUUUACUACCUUUCUGGAAGAUACGACCUCGAGCUUGCUGUUGGUGAUGCUGCAAUGGAAAAUUCAUUCAUACUGGAUCUUGGCCAUCUGGAGUUGGACUUGCCGGAGGCCCCAGAAAAGGCUCCACGCCCCCCUGCACAAGCUGUUGACCCAUUCUCAAAGUUUGGGCCAAAGAAGGAGAUAAAUCACAUAUUCCGUGUGCCGGAGAAGAGACCACCUAAGGAAGUUUCGCUUGCAUUUACUGGUGUCACACUUCUGCCUUUUAUUGGGUUCUUGAUUGGGCUUAUGCGUCUGGGAGUGAACUUGAAGAACUUCCCGUCCUUGCCAGGACCAGCUGCAUUCGCAUCACUUUUCCAUGCUGGAAUCGGAGCCGUUCUGCUGCUCUACGUUCUCUUCUGGGUUAAGCUGGAUCUUUUCACAACUCUGAAGUACCUUGGCUUCCUUGCUGUCUUCCUUGUGUUCGUUGGCCAUAGGGCCCUAUCUUAUCUAUCCUCGACAUCGACGAAACAGAAGACUGCUUGAGGAUGAAGUGAGUUCCGUGAUCAUCAAUUUUCAAGCGGUAGCAGUUGCUUGGGUUCUGCGAGUUCCUUUGUUUGAGAUUCUGACCAAGGUUUUCCUGAGCAACUUGAGUUUUGAGGGACAGCUCGGUUUUAUUGUUAGUGGAUGCCAAGAAUCUUGGAACUAGAAAAGUAGUAGGACCUCACCUUCAUGUAUGAUGCACUGAUGUUUACUAAAUAGGCUGGACUUUUGAACAUAGACUUAAUAAGAUUGUAUUCUUACAAAAGAAUAUUAACUUCUGUUAAAAAAAUCCUUUUGGUUUUCAAACUCAUGACGCUAAGAUUGCAAUAUUACA